AAGGAGGUAAAAGAUUUCAAAUCCUCGGUUAGAAGUUCAACGCCGCGCCAGAUGUCGGCCACCAAUUGGUGAAUUUAGGUUGCUACUGUUCAACGGCGUGAACUUUCCUCAGCCUUUCGACUCUCUCUCAGUUUUUCCACAGCAAAAAUACUCCGAAAAUCGUUUUCACAUUUUCCAUUUCUAAAAGUCUCCUCAGCUCCACAUACAUGCACAUAAAUAAAUAAAAAUAUGCUACUUGUAAAAAAAAAACCCGAAUAACAGUAAAAAAAAAGAAGAAAAAUCUCCUAUCAGCUUUCGUGUAUCCUUUGCUAAUCUCAACAAUCUUACGAAUAAAUUAAACAAAAAAACAAAUCGAUCGAUCUUUUGGUGUUCUACUCAUGGCGGAUCGCGCCUCGUACGGUUUGGCUUCCCGAUUAGAUAUUGAACAGAUAUUAUUAGAAGCGCAGCAUAGAUGGUUGCGACCUGCUGAAAUUUGUGAAAUUCUUCGUAAUUAUCAGAAGUUUGAUAUUGCAGCUGAGCCUCCAAACAGGCCUCCUAGUGGAUCACUUUUUCUUUUUGAUCGAAAGGUUUUAAGAUACUUUAGGAAGGAUGGACAUAAUUGGAGGAAGAAAAAAGAUGGAAAGACUGUGAAGGAAGCUCAUGAGAAGCUGAAAGUUGGAAGCAUUGAUGCGUUGCACUGCUACUAUGCCCAUGGAGAAGAGAAUGAAAACUUUCAAAGGCGUAGCUAUUGGAUGCUUGAACAGGAUUUGAUGCAUAUAGUUUUUGUGCACUACUUGGAGGUUAAGGGUAGUAGGACUAUUGGAGGCAUAAGAGAGACUAGUGCUAUAUCAAACUCCCGAACUAGCAGUCCUUCAACUUCUAGCUAUUCUGUUAGUCAUGGAAAAGCACCUUCUGGAAAUGCAGAUUCAGCAAGCCCAACCAGGACUUUAACAUCGUUGUGUGAAGAUGCUGAUUCUGAGGAUAGUCAGCAAGCAAAUUCUAGACUCCAUAUAUCGCCCCAAAUAGGAAAUGCUUCUGUGAUGGACGAUAUGAAUCCUGGCUUCUUAAAUCCUUAUUCUACCCAUCCCUUUCCAGUUGAGCCAGAUGGAAACUUGAAAUUCUUACACUAUGAUCAUGAAGGUCGGUCAUCAAUUCCUGGAGUAAAUGAAGUUUCACAUCUUCAUGGAGAUAGACUUAGGGGUAUUGAUUAUGGCUCUCACAUGACUGAAGCUCAAAGAACACUUGAUUUGGCAUCUAGGGAACGAGGCUUGGAACAAUAUAUGCCUGUAUAUCCGGCUGCAUCUUCUCAUGCUUCAAUGACUUCCGCUCAACCUGAUACUGUUGGCAUCAGCCUGCAACAAGAAAACAUGAUUGAAGGCAAACUAUUAGAUGUCAAGAGUGCUGGAGAGGAGUUUGGAAAUCCUCUGCCAAGAAAAUCAAAUUGGCAGGUAUUCAUGAUUCCUUUGGCUGACAAUGCCUUAGAGUUGCCCAAAUGGCCUAUGGAUCCGUCAUCAGAUUUUGAAUUGCCAUAUGAUACUAGGUUCUUUGAGCAAAAGAGUCAUGAUUUUCAUUUAUUGAAUGCUCUUGAAGAAUUGAUCAGUCGUGAUGUUCUAAAUGAGCAGCCUGUGCAUAAAAACCUUCAAAUGCAGCUUAUCAAUGCAGAUUCUAAUUCUGUUAUGAAAACAUAUCCUGAGAAUGAUAUGCAUUUGGCUGGAAAUAUCAACUAUGCUUUCUCUCUGAAAAAAUCAUUACUUGAUGGAGAAGAUAGCUUGAAGAAAGUUGACAGUUUUUCACGGUGGAUUACUAAAGAACUUGGAGAAGUAGAUGAUCUGCAGAUGCAGUCCUCAUCUGGUAUUACCUGGAGCACUGUUGAGUGUGGAAAUGUAUCUGAUGAUGCCUCUUUGAGCCCUUCUCUCUCCCAAGACCAACUUUUCAGCAUAGCUGAUUUUUCACCUAAGUGGGCUUACAUAGACUCAGAAACUAAGGUUUUGAUUAUUGGAACAUUUUUGAAGAAUCAAGAGGAAGUAGCAAAAUAUAACUGGUCAUGUAUGUUUGGGGAGGUGGAGGUUCCGGCUGAGGUUAUUGCAGAUGGCAUUCUUUCUUGCCAUGCUUCACCUCUCAGUGUUGGGCAAGUCCCAUUUUAUGUCACGUGUUCCAACAGGUUAGCUUGUAGUGAAGUGCGAGAAUUUGACUACCGAGCAGGAUUCGCCAAUGACAUAAACGUUUCAGAUAUCUAUGGUGUUGCUUCAAGAGAAAUGCUGAGGCGAUUUGAGAUGUUACUUUCUCUGAAAUCCUUCAGUCCUCCUAAUCAUCAUUUUGAAGGUGUUGGGGAGAAAAGAGACUUAAUUACUAAAAUUAUAUUAAUGAAAGAGGAAGAGGAAUGUCACCAGAUAGUAGACCGCUCACCUGACAGGGAUUUGUCUCAACAUGAAGAAAAGGAGUGCCUCCUUCAGAAAUUGAUGAAAGAGAAGUUGUACUCAUGGCUUCUUCACAAAAUCAUGGAAGAUGGUAAAGGGCCGAAUAUAUUAGAUGAGAAGGGGCAAGGAGUACUACACUUAGCGGCUGCACUUGGUUAUGAUUGGGCAGUAAAACCUACUGUUACUGCUGGAGUUAGUAUAAAUUUUCGUGAUGUGAAUGGCUGGACUGCACUUCACUGGGCGGCUUUCUGUGGCAGAGAGCAAACAGUUGCCAUUCUAGUUUCUCUGGGAGCAGCUCCUGGAGCACUGACGGACCCAUCUCCAGAAUUUCUUUUGGGUAGAACUCCUGCAGACUUAGCUUCUGGUAAUGGACACAAAGGAAUCUCUGGUUUCCUUGCAGAAUCUUCCUUGACCUGUUUCCUUUCUUCUCUCACAAUGAAUGAUCCAAAGGAAGCUGUUCAAAUAGUUUCGGAGCGAAUGGCAACACCUGUGAAUGAUUGUGAUGUGCAAGAUAUACUGUCAUUGAAGGACUCAAUUACUGCUGUCUGUAAUGCCACACAAGCUGCUGAUCGUAUACAUCAAAUGUUCAGGAUGCAAUCUUUCCAGCGUAAACAGUUGAGUGAGUCUGGUGAUGGUGUAUCUGAUGAACAUGCUAUUUCAUUUUUAACUGCUAAGGCACGCAGGCCAUUGCAAAGUGAUGGGGUAGCCCAUGCUGCUGCAAUACAAAUCCAAAAAAAGUUUCGUGGUUGGAAGAAAAGAAAAGAAUUCUUGUUGAUCCGUCAAAGAAUUGUCAAAAUCCAGGCCCAUGUUAGAGGACACCAGGUGAGGAAACAGUAUAGAACAAUCAUCUGGUCAGUGGGAAUUCUGGAGAAAGUUAUUUUACGGUGGAGACGUAAAGGGAAUGGUUUGCGAGGAUUUCGACGGGAUGCAAUUACCAAGGAACCUGACCCACAGUGCAUGCCCUCUAAAGAGGAUGAUUAUGAUUUUCUGAAGGAGGGAAGAAAACAAACUGAAGAAAGGCUGCAGAAGGCACUUACUAGGGUCAAGUCCAUGGCUCAGAAUUCUGAAGGACGAGGUCAGUAUCGUAGGCUGCUGACUUUGGUUCAAGGGAUUCGUGAAAAUAAGGCUUGCAAUAUGGUUCAGAGCAGCUCAGAAGAAGUGGCUGACCGUGAUGAAGAUCUUAUUGACAUUGACUCUCUUUUGGAUGAUGACACUUUCAUGUCUAUUGCAUUUGAAUAAGCUCCUGCAUUUGAAUAUACUGGCAGCAUCAUUGCAGCAUUACGAAGGUGUUUAACUUCAUUCUGUCUGUAAAUAUAAUAUCUAACACUUCUAACGUAUUCAGUAGACUCUGCUUGUUUCUAGGUAACAUAGAAAAGUAGCUUUUACUUCUUAGGUUAAUAGUUUUUAAUAUCAUAAAUUCUUAACUCAAGGGUUAGGGAGUAGCAUUUAUUGGUUGCGAGUGUUGGGGGGAGAUUCGUUUGUAAAAUUUGUUAAAAGUAGAUAUGAUAAUUCAUCUAUUUGUAUAAAUUAAAGUAUCGAUAAUUUAUUUAUUUAAAUUGUGUUAAUCAUGAAAAUUGUGUGUUUAGGGAUCCACAUAAAUCUCAUUGCGGUGAGAGAGU